CAUUUAUAAAUUCCUACAAUUAUUUUCGAAUGACAUAAAAAGGAUUAAACAGCCUCGAAAUGUCGCUGUUUGUAAUUCAGCACACUGUAAAAGCCUCCAGAAAUCAGACAGGAUGGAUCGGAAUUGCUUGUCUGCAGCAGGCCUCUUACAGUACAAAGCCCCAGAAAACCAAUCUGGCUGCUAUGAAAAGAGGUACUGGUGGUCGGUCCAGUUUUAAUGGUGUCGUUGCUACAGUUUUUGGGGCUACAGGCUUUACGGGACGAUAUGUGUGCAAUAAACUGGGGAAAAUUGGCACCCAGUUAAUUAUUCCCUACCGUGGAGAUUUCUACCCAGCACAACGCUUGAAAUGUGUGGGUGAUUUGGGACAAGUAUUAUUCACACCAUACAAUUUAAGAGAUCGAGAAUCAAUUGAUAAAGCCAUCAGGUAUUCUAAUGUCGUCAUCAAUUUAGUAGGAAGAGAUUGGGAGACUAAGAAUUUUAAAUUUGAUGAUGUUCAUGUUGAAGGUGCCCGAACUUUAGCAAGAGCUUGUCGUGAAGCUGGUGUUGAAAAGUUGAUACACGUAUCAUCCUUAAGUGCAAGUCCUAAUCCAGAAGGCCACUGUUUGCCCAAGGGUAGUGGUUUUCUUAGAAGUAAAUACUACGGUGAAUUAGCUGUAAAGGAAGAGUUUCCUGAUGCCAUUAUUUUCAGGCCUGGUGUUAUCUACGGUUCUGAAGACAGAUUUUUAAGAUAUUUUGCUCAUCCUUGGAGGCGUCAGAUUCACUAUAUGCCCAUGUGGGAUAAAGGCGAGAAGGCUGUCAAGCAGCCUGUUUACGUUAGUGAUUUUGCACAAGGAAUUGUUAAUGCUAUUCGGGAUCCUGAUGCAGUCGGAAAGACUUUCCAAGCUGUCGGCCCCCGGAGGUAUAAGCUGGGCGAGCUGGUCGACUAUUUCCACCGUGUGAUGCGCAAACAGGGCACCCAAUGGGGCUACAAGCGCUACGACCUGAGGUACGACCCAACAUUCUGGGCACGUAUAUCCCUGACAGAGAAACUUUGCCCCGGCUGGCCAGUCGGAUACCUGCACUGGGAACAGAUUGAAAGAGAAUGUGUAACAGACCAGGUUAUACCCGGUGUACCCACGUUAGAAGAUUUGGAUGUAAAAUUGACUUUAAUCGAGCACCAGGCACCAUGGGAAUUGAGAGGGUUUAGGGCUUACGCUUACAAUGUAGAAGAACUAGGUGAUUUUGAAGAUCCAGCACCACCAAAAGUGUUUGCUUAAAAUUAAAGGACAAGAUAAAGUUUGAUAGAAAUUGUUUUGGAA